UUACUUCAGCCGAGCUGCAAGCAACUCACCGAGCGCGGAGAAUACGCCUCCAAAAGUCAACCAUAAUCGCAGUCUGUCUGCGUGUAACCGAUAUACACUAUAAACAUAUAGUAUUUUUUAUCCACCAGCAGAAGAGCAAACUGGUGGUCGAAACUCGAGUAUUUUUGUCUUUUCUUAAAUUUUCACACAUUUUGUCAAAGACGUCGUCGCGUAGUGUAGUGUGCAGAAGCGUAUCCAGAAAGAACCUGACCUCGGGCGGAGCAGAAAUCAACCUGAGCUUAGACGUUCCAGCGUUCUUUGCAGGUCGUCCUUGGCUUCCGACCAAGAUCCAGUCGAUACCCAUUCUAGUCAAGUCUCUCUACAGGGGCAACACACCAAAUCCUGCAUAGCCAGUGAAAGUCCAGCCCCGCCAUGGCCGAUUACACGCAGUCCGCGACGGUCACGCAAACGACGACCGUGACCCAGCCGUACAUCCGGUACGACCCAGAGUAUAUCCGCACCAUCCCAGGCAUCAUCAAGAUCGUCUGCUGCGUCCUGAACCUGAUCGGAUUCAUCUGCAUCGAGGUGUCCUACUUCAGCUACCACUCGCGGGGGUCGUUCUUCAACACCGUGGCCAUGAUGGGCUUCUGGUUCACCGGCAUAAUGCUGGUGUUCUACCUGUUUCACGUGUGCGAAAAGUUCCACAAGAUUCCGUGGCUCAAGAUAGAGAUGUACUUUUGUGCGGCGUGGACGCUGCUGUACAUGCUUGCGGCGUCGCUGGCAGCGGCCACCAACGCCGAGGCGUUCCAGGCAGCGGCGUUCUUCGGCUACUGCGCCAUGAUCGCUUACGGGUACGACGCAUUCCUCAAGUAUAAGGCGGUCAGCGCCGGCGAAAUCGCCCAGGGAACCCGUUCCGUCCAGACGCAACAGCAGCAGCAGACAAUCUCCACCGUGACCACUUACUAGGAAAAACAAAUCUGGGACCAAAUCCACCAGGCCACGCAUUGGCUCCACUCCACAACUCCACCCAGUUUACAAAUACAACUGCUUGUUUUAACGUUAAGAAAGCAUAAAUCAACCACGUGGAUUGCUUCAGCUUAGUACUAAGAAUAUUAUUUACUUUGUAUAAAUUAAAUUUGUUAUUCAGUUUUUAAAUCUUCCGUUGCAAAUAUUCGCCAUCCAGGUAUUAACAAUAACUACAAAUCAAUGUGUAAUUAGCUUGAACCUAAAUACUUAUGAAACACCAACGAAAUCGUCCUCGUGCUGGUUUUAACUAACCGCUUAACAUUCUGUUACUAGUGAUUUCUACAGCGUAUUACCCAUGUAUACACUAAACACACCGUUUUAAACCAAUCUUUCAAACGUCCCGUCAACGUCAAAUCAUCACCACCGUGUAAACUGUAUUGCCUUAGAUGUGGUCUUGCAAUUGUUAGUUAAAUACUGUAAGUGAACGAGAAAAAGUCGAUCCACCAAACAUAGUUUAUGUGACACACGUAGAAGAUGCCGUACCGUAAUAUUGUGUGCUUUUCGUGACAAAUCAACGAGUCAAAUAAAUUAUAUACACCAUUAAA